GCUGAUAUGUGUAUAAUCUCUUUAAAGCCGACAAGGUUGCUUCUCAAAUCAAGUUUGUGCAAGAAAUAAUACGGUUGGGAGUAUUUUUCAAAUUUGAAGAGUUUUCGUCUCGCACUUCAUUCAUUCGCCUGAUCAGUCUAAUUUCACGACAAAUAUCACGUUUCGCUGGACCGGCUUAAAUAAAAGUGUAAACACACAAGGGGGCAGAAUAGUGCAUUUCAGGAAAACUGUUAGGUCGUUUAGACAUCAACUUUGGUUUCCCCUUACAUUCCUUUAUUACAAUGAGUACGCUGAAACUCGGCGCACUUCUGGUCCGAACAUUAGCAAAGCCGGUGGCAAAUUCCAUCAAAACCCAAGCUAAACAACAUGCAACUUUCCGCGACUUUUGUAUAAACGUUGCACAGAUCUCACAUAGAAUGGAGAUGAAUAUGAAAAUGAAGUUCUUGGGCUAUAGAAAAGAAGUCAUUCGUCCCUUGAACGAUACAAAGGCUAUAGAAGCUGGAGCGAACUUCCUAAGUGAAUCUUUCAUCUUUGGUGUAGCAGCAUCUAUUAUUUUAGCUGAAAAUUGGCGCUCGCGAGUCUCUGCGAGAGAUAGACGAAACCUAGUAGAUGAUUCAUUGGAGAAAUUAGAAACGGAAACCAACAAUCUUCGUGAAUCAAUACAAACGAUGCAAUCCGGGCAAGCAUCGCUGCAAAGUAGACUUGAAGAAGCUACUCAGGAAAACGAACAGCUGAGGAAAAUGUUGGAUGAGGUAAGUCCUUGAAUGUGUGAUGAGCGGUUGAGUGCGUAACUAACCAUCCGCACUUUGUACAGAUAUUGUCGGUCAGCUUAGGUUUACGGAAACAUACAGGCUACGAUCAACCCUCGGUUGUUCAGCUUCCUGGAUUUGAGAAGUAAACAAUGAUGGUGAAACCUAAUAAUCUCCAUCUGUAGCUAUACCCCAGCACUUUUGUGAUGGCUUCAUGUAACGAUUUACUUGACACGCGAACAUCAGCAUUAGGCUCCUUGAUCGCUUACAGUAGUUUCAUAUUGCACAAGAAUCAUCCCAUUGGCAAAAUAGAUGCCUUUUUCAUUCACUAUUGUUGAAGAAAUGUAUCAUACACUCUGCCUAUGCUACGUUUGCGACUCAAUCAAUUAAUAAAGCAAGCUUUCAAGCACCCAUACUUUCGAUUUUCACC